CUCUGUUGUCUCGUGCGCAUGCCCUAUGUAUGUUAUUUGGUAAGCGUUCUCUUUAGAGAUCAACAAAGAAAUACGAGAUAACGAUUAAUUUUACCUUCGGUUUAAGCACCUGUGAGUUUGCUUUAGUGAUUGGAGAUACUGCCUGGAUAAUCUAAUGGUCGUUAAUCGAUUUAUAGCGCAUAACUAACCCGUGUAUUGCUCGUCCCGUCUACUCAAGUAAGCAGUCUUCAAUGACAUGACAUAUAGGCCUACCGUUAAGAUUCCAGUGGAGAAAUUUACAUCAACAUCAAAAUGACUGAACAGGAAGGAGAGGGAUAUGGAGGCGCUAGUAUCCUUCAUUAAGAGGUACAGUUGGCCCUUAACUCAGCAUGCACACGGACCUGUCACCUCACCUGCACACAGAGGAGUGCAAUGAACUGAUUUCUCAGCUCAGGAAGUGCCAUCAGGAGCACAACUUUAUGAAAUUUUUUGGAACAUGUAAUGAUUUUGAUCGUGCUAUGCGUAAUUGUCUGAAAAAAGAGCGCCUAGAAAAGAGAGAACGCAGCAAGCAACAUGCUCUGGAAAUGAAGAGGAGGAUAAAGGAAGGCUCUAGAGAGAAAUUUUAAAUUGACUUUAAACUGUUGUUUUUGUUGUUAUAUAAGGUCUACAAUAGAAGAGCUACCACAAAUCUAUGCAUUGCUGGGAAUCAGAAUUAUGCAAUUCCCUAAGUGACACAUUAUGGCUGGUCAGGAAACAGUUUGAUCAGUGAAAUAAAUGAAAUAUGUGGGUAUUAUUUACAACUACAAUGUGGGAUUAUACUGACUCAAGACAAGUUUCUGAAUAAAUGAUCAAAUCAGUGUUAAA